UUACGUCAUACUCGAGGCGAUCUUCGCCUCUGACGAUACGAAUGUCGGCAGUCGUCCCGCGUUGGUGGUUCUGUAAGCAAUGAAGUACUUAGCACUCCUAACCCUGCUGGUCAUCGCUGGCGUGUGCGUGGCGCAGCAGCAAGAUCAAGCCGCCCAGCAAGGAACUCUCCUUGCUCUUCCAGAGCUCGAGCUUUGCCAGACCCGACCAAAGCACUGGCAGUUCAACAAUCACUGGUACUACUUCUCGUGGGACGAUCCCUCUAACAUCGAGACGGAUCCUGCGACUGGCCAGCCUGCGGGCAAGAAGGUCAACUGGCUCGAUGCCAGAAACGAGUGCAGGAAGCGGUGCAUGGACGCCGUCGGCAUGGAGACCUUGCAAGAGAACAACAUGAUCUUCAAGUUCCUUGAGAGCCGUAACGUGACUUACAUCUGGACCUCCGGCCGCCUCUGCGACUUCACUGGCUGCGAGACUAGGGAGGACUUGAAGCCAAUCAACAUCAAGGGUUGGUUCUGGUCGAACACCAAUCAGAAAAUCCCCCCAACCAACGCAGUCAUUCCCACUUGGAACAUCCAGCCCUGGAGUGCUGCAGGGCACUUCGGUGGGCCACAGCCCGACAACGCUGAGUUCCAAAUCAACAAUACCACGGAGUCGUGCUUGGGCGUGCUCAACAACAUCUACGAUGACGGCAUCAAAUGGCAUGAUAUUGCAUGCUACCACAAAAAGCCAGUGAUCUGUGAAGACUCUGAUGUUCUAAUCCAGUACAUCGAAGCCGUCCACAAUGUUAAGCUGUAGAUUUGUUGGCUAGUAAUCGUCGAAAUUCUGAACUAUAAGAUGAAUUUGCCAGUCGGAACACUUGAAAUAAAUUAUUGGCAAGGUCAAGCUGACAGUCCGGGAGACCCGCACUGAAACGUUUAACUUGUUGGUUUGUUCCUUCUGAAUUUUAUAUUUAUUACCAUCUUUAUGAUGAAAUAAAUUUAGA